CUUUUUUAAUACAUUUUUAGCGACUUAUCGAUUGUUGCGAAUAAGUGUGAAAUUAGAAACAAGCUUAAUUGAACUGACAGGAAAAGUGACAACAUUCAACAGGAAUGUCAAAACGUAAAGCUGACGGUUCACAGCCAGAUAACGAAAUGGCAUCCACAGCAGCAAAAACAAAUGCCACAGCUAACGAGCAGGAGGCAAGCAACCUUUUCGUUAUUGGCACAGCAGAGCCACUUAAGGACUACAUUAAACUCAUCGAGACGCGUGUAACGGUUGAUCAGAUAGUCGACGAUGAGGUAACGAAAGAGAACUUUAAAAGAAUCGCAAGUGCAGCCCGUGAAAUUAUUUGGAAGCUAAUAUUCAGCGACGAAUGCGGCGAUGCUGAGUCACAGAGAAAAGCGAGCGAACUGCUCGAAGAGCACAAAAGUGACGCAAGCUUCUAUGCACCUUGGCCAUACAACGAGUGGAUAGUAAAGGUGCGCGAUGAGCUGUUGAAACGACAGCUCGUCGACUUUUGGCGGGACACAAUUGUCGCCAAGCAAUUGGGUCCCUGCUGGUCUCGCGACUCGGAUCUGUUUGACUGCGACGACGAGCCGCCGUUGGAGUUCUAUGCCCAUGCUGGCUGUGUGGCGCCCUUUGCGGCCAGUUUGAAGGUGCGUGCCGCUGAAAAGGCGGCCAGCGGCGACGAGGAUGCUGGCAAUGAGGCCGAGCGGGAUUCGAAUAAUGCGGCAGCCUUAACGGGCGACUUUGAGGCGCGAAUUAGUGCUGAGGAGCCGUUGAGCGACUAUCGUAACUUGAUGAAACGCUUCGUGCUAACCACCGUCAUUGUGCCUGACGAGAUACACAGGAAAAAUGUCGAGAAGAUUGGCCAGGCGGCUCGCACGGCCAUCUGGCAGUUGCUGUUCGAGGGCACACCUACGUCGUUGGAGUUCGAAAAGGCCGCCGAGCUGUUGCAGGAAUACAAGAGCGAUGCUGGCUUCUAUGGCCCCUGGGAGUACAACGAGUGGAUUGUAAAGCUGCGUGAUGAACUGCUGCAACGACAGAUGCUCACCUUCUGGGGCGACAUGAUUGUUAAGCUGGAGUUGGGUCCAUGCUGUUCGAGGGAUUCCGAUUUCUUCGAUGCCGACGAUGCAGUUCCAUCGGAGUUCUACAACAAGGCCGGCUUCAAGGCUCCCUUCAAUUCACCCUAAGGCCUAAAGCACUACUCGAAUAUUGUG